AUGCCACAUCUACUGCUACGUCCUCAUCGACAGCGCAGGAGAGUGCUUCCGCCUCUGGCUCAUCGAAGUGGUGGUGGCCCUUCCCGCUCUUUAACGACCACAACGGCGAUGCCGGGGCUGGGUUCGUGCGGCAAGAAGAACAGUGAAUCCGACAUGAUUGUAGCUAUCUCCCACUCGAUGUAUGAUAAGAAGAAGGACUCAAACAAUCCUAACACGAGCCCGUACUGUGGCCGGAAGAUCAAGGCUUCGUACAAGGACAAGUCCGUGGAGGUGACGGUGGUCGACCGCUGCACGGGCUGCCAGUUCAGCGACCUGGACUUUUCGCCUGCCGCAUUCAAGAAGCUGGCUUCUAUGGGUGAAGGGCGUCUCAAGAACGUGAAGUGGAGCUUCAUGGACAACUCGGAGUAA